AUGCGAGGCCGAGUGGCGGGGCGGCGGAGCCUCAAGCGUCGGCAGGAGAGCAGCCAUCAGGAUCCUGAGGCAGCGCCAGCGGGAGGUCUCGUCCAGUGGGUGCUGGCCUUUGAUUUGCCGUGCGGAGGCGCCAUGGGCCGCAAGAAGGUGGGUGGCGAUGGCGAGGGCGGGAUGAAAGACAUACAGAGUGCUUUUGCUCAGCUGCAGUCCAUGAUGUCCAUGGCCAAUCCAGACCUUGGAAAGCAAACUUCCAACAUGGGCAUGGGAGGAGGCAUGGGCAGCAUGGGCAGCAUGGGCAGCAUGGGUGGUAUGGGCGGCAUGGGCGGCAUGGGCAGUAUGGGCGGCAUGGGUGGCAUGGGCAAUAUGGGCAGCACGGCCAUGGGUGGUGCUGGCGGAAUGCCAAAAAGCAAUCUGCCUGCAGCCUUUGCUGCAAAAGCCAAGCCGCCGCUUCCGCCGCCAGCUUUGCCGCCUAUGGAGCAGGUGCAGCAGAUGCAGCAGAUGCAGCAGAUGCAGCAAAUGCAGCAGAUGCAGAAGCAGAUGCAGCAGAUGCCGCAGCAAACCACCAUGGAUGAGGAUGGCUAUGACCCCAACAAGAUGUAUGUGUCUGAGCAUGGCCGAAUCCAUCCGGACAUCACGGAGCUUUGCGAAGGCUUCUACAUUGAACAGCGGCACGUCGAGAAGCUGAAUGAGCUGAUGAAGAAUCGGAGCUGGAUACAUGGGAUGAAGACCUCAAGAAGCUGA